AUGGCCUUCAAGUUGUUGAUGAUGUUAGGUCUUUCAACUAUGGUGUUGUCAAUUUCAUUUGUCUCGGGCCAAGUAAAUGCCCCGUGCACCUCAACAAUGAUGACAACUUUCUCACCUUGCAUCAAUUUCUUGUCUAACGCCACUGGGACGACACCUCCACCCGACUGCUGCAAUUCCAUUAGAUCUCUGAUGGCAAACGGCAAAGAUUGCCUUUGUUUGCUUGCCACUGGCGCCUUUCCAUUUCGAAUUCCUGUUAACCGAACAUCUGCAAUUUCUUUGCCCACUUCUUGCAAUAUGCCCCAAGUGCCCCUACAGUGCAGAGCUGCUGGUGCUCCUGCUCCUUCUCCUUCUCCAGAGGCUGUGGCAAAUGGACCAUCCAUCUCUCCUACUGCCGCUCCUUCCCCUAAUGUUGUUCAAGGUAAUUAA